CGAACAGCGGUACAAUAGGAUGCGCAAGUACGACAUGGUUCUCCUGGAUGCAGCUUUCAAGUUGCUAGAUACUGCCUGUCUGGAUGGUAGGGAGAUAAGCCCUGCUUGUACUGUGCUGACUUGAGUCAAUGAAUUCGGCACUAAAAAUACUUUGGUGAAUUGUCGUCUCGCGCCAGUAACAGAUGGAAUGCAAGUGUGACGCAUCAGAGAAAAGGCGCCAACAAGUCACGUUCUCAAGAUAACCAGACGAGGGCGCCAUUGCCCGCCACAAAUCCACUGGACAGUUUGGAGUCAUGCCUAUACGUCGUGCAGCUAGGACACCACCGCAGGAGAUGCCCCCCUCGGCUGCACCAGAGGGAGAGCCUGAUGCCAGUUCUGAGGAGUCUGCCUCUGUUGAGGAGGAGCAGGAGAUGACACCCACUGCCCUAGUAGCCAAGGAGGGGGAGGGCACAGGUGAAGGAGAGACAAAAGAGAAUGGUGACAAACCUGAGGGAGAGAAAGCUGAUGAAUCGACUGGAGAGAAGACUGCUGAGGGGGACGAGUCUGAGAAGAAAGAAGAGGAUGGAGUGAAAGAGAAAGUCAAGAAGCCAGUGAAAAGGGCCAUUCCUGCCUGGGCAACCAUGUCUGCCAGCAAACGUGCAACGCUCACUAAUAAGAGCACCUCCACCAUGCAGCUGCCUAAGAUGGACGACAUCCUCAUCGAGGCCAUUGAGUCCUGCAAGGAGAAGACUGGGGCCUCAGCCCAUUCUGUCAUGAAGUAUAUUGUGAAGAAAUACCCUAACCUAGAGAAGAGGAAAUUCCUCCUCAAGAAGGCUCUCAAGAGGCAGCUGGAGAAGGGCACUGUCAAACAGCUAAAGGGUAAAGGCCUUUCUGGGAGCUUUACCAUUGGGAAGCAGUCCCCUAAUAAACCAACUACUAAAGGGAAGCCGAUCAUCGUGGCACCUGGGUUGAAGGCAGAGACCCUUGGGGAUGCUCUGCCCCUGAUCAUCACACGGCUAUGUGAGCCCAAAGAGGCGUCUUAUAUCCUGAUCAAGAAAUAUGUGGAGCAGCACUUCCCUCAACUCAACGUGGAACAUAGGCCAGAUAUCCUAAAGAGUGCCCUGGUGAGAGCUGUGGACAAGGGUCACCUGGAGCAGAUCACUGGAAAAGGUGCCUCUGGAACGUUUCAGCUGAAGCGGGAAGGGGGCAAGUUCCUGCUGAAAGGUGGGCCCCUGGAGGACGCUAUCAUGACAGCCAUUGUGGCAAUGAACGAACCCAAGACUUGCAGCACCACCACACUCCGCAAAUUCCUGUUAGAGACAAACCAGGACAGCAUGGAGUACCGUGUGGUGAACAACCUGAAGAGGACCCUGCAGAAGUGCAAAAUGAUGGGCUGGAUGGAUCAGAUCACUGGGAAUGGGCUAAAUGGAACCUACCAGCUCUGCUACCCUUACUACCCCAGCCCAGCCAUUCUGUUUCCUGAAAAAGUGAAAGAGCAGAAAGUGGCAGAGAAGGACAAACGCAGAAAGAGGGUUGACUUGUCUGAUGAGGACUCUGAUGAGGAGGAAGAGGACUCGUCCGAGGAAGAGGACUCAGAUGAUGAACCCCCUCCUAAGAGGAAAGCUGGGAAGAGGCCACCACCUAAAGCGCGUCGCCCUCCCCCCAGCAAGAAGUCUCGGCCUGCAAGUCAGUCAAGGGCUAAGGGCAAAAAAAGAGCUGCCCCAACGAAGAGGUCUGCACCCCCACCAGUCAAGGCACCCCCACCAGUCAAGGCACCCCCACCAGUCAAGGCACCCCCACCAGUCAAGAAAGCUGCACCUGCGAGCAAGCCCAAAACGCCCAUUGUCAAAAAGCUGAGCAAGGCAUCGAAGCGGCCAACGCCCAAAAAGUCACCUCCUGCAAAGAAGGCAGCAGCCAAUUCUGCAGUGAAGGCCAAGCCAGCAGCUCGCAAGUCCCUGAGGGGGAAGAAGUGAGUUUACUAUUGCCCAACAGAGGAAGUUUAACUGUAGCUCUGAAGACAGCGGUGCUCUGCCUCUAUCCAUGCUCUCUUUCGCAUCAUUGUUUUCCUCCAGUUUGGGGCUGUAGAAUUAUUUUCUCUGUGGGAUUGGGAUGUGGCAGUUAUUAGUUCAUGUCAAUUUACUGUACUUGGGAACUGUUCAAUUUCUGUGAACCCAACUUUUAAUCUCCAUUGUGUAGAAUGGCCUCUUAAAAUAUGUAAAACUGCCUAGGUAAAGAAAUGUGAAAUUUCCAUCUCUGCUUUUAUUUCCCUCACACACUUAAUUUUGAUAAUAUGUAGGCAGAGAUCCAGAAUCAGUGACUUGUCUUUUAAUUUUUGCAUUUCAUCCCAGUCCACUCUACCAUGUUUUACUUGGACACAUUCCUUUUAUCAAAUCAUUUGUUUACCAUUUUGGGAACUUUCUUCCUCUAUAACAUUUUUGAUUUCUCUACAUUUAAUCGGGAAUGAACUCAAAUCUUAAAGGAUAUUGAGACUUAUGUUAUUAAGUGAAUUUGAGAGCAUAAUGACAGCCAACUUUUCAUGUAAUGAAUUAUUGUUUAUUACAAAUUCUGUUAUUUAAAUGAUUGUCUGAGUGAAACAUCCAUUACUGGGCCUGUGGUUAAAAUACUUAAUUUGAUUGGAAACUAACUGAUCAGGAAGCACUGUUUGUCAUUGUGAUUUUCAGUACUACUGCAUAGUAUUAGGGGAUUUUUUUUUUGUGUGUGUGUGUGUGUAAACAAGUUAAUCAAAGUGAAUUGGUUGUGUCCUAUACAACGGGAAGAAAGCAGACCAAUACAAUCUUCUACAUUCUGUGUAAUAGUGAAAGAUUGUGAAUAACACACUUCCUUUUGAAGGAGCGUAGCUCAUACGUACCCUGCAUGCAUGCGUGUACUCUUUAUGUUAUGCUUUUUCCCAAGUCAUUAUUAAAAUGGCUAUAUUUGUA